AUGGGGAGAGGGCAGCAGCAAGCAAAGUUGACCGACACCCCUGGGGAGAUCCAGCGAGUGCAUUUCACCAAAACAGCAGACAGCAAUUCGAAGACAGAGCAGCUGGAAAGCCUAUGCUCGAGAGCCCAGAAGCUUGGAUCCCUUCCCACCACAUCGAUAGAGCGCUUGGAGAAAGAGCAAAACACAGCCACACUGGCAGUCGGGGUGUCUCGAAGUGCCCGAAGCGUUGAGGUUGUGCUGGAGAACAGGGGAAGAGGAGGCGAAGUGGCGGACGACCGUUCUUUGCAGCGCCGACUUGAGGUUGCCAAGAUGGGAAACGAGCUUAGCCGGCAGGAGUUGAGUGAGGUGAAGGAAAAGCUUGCAAAGGCGUUGAAUGUGACACGGGACGGCGGGAAGCUCGGAAGCUCUAUCAUCACCCGCCAUGGGAAAGCCGAGGCGUGGCGAAGUAGGCUGUCGAGACUCUGUUCCUAUCCAAGGGCCACUUCAACCCCACGGCAGGAGGCGGAGGCACGUUUCGAGGCGCGCCUGGUGGCGUUUAUCGCAGCGUCAAACAUGACAUCUACUGAUCGGGCAACAAGGGCUUUCUGCCCGCAACGCAAGUCUCAGUUAAAGCAUACCCGGCAAGGGUUUGGGUCUUUAUCGGCGCCCGACAAGCGCAUCGAGGAUGCCCGACUCCCCGCGUGGACGCUUGUGGUAGUAGCCAUAGCAGCGGGCACGAUGGCUUCACUGCUGACUGCGCGUGUGGUGGCACCUCCCCCAGGCUUCGGAUCCCUCGAGAGAAUGGUACAGGAAGAGGCCGGCUUCGACAACAGUAGCACCACUUACCACAGCCUUGGAAACCUCCCCCCUUUCACUGCCGGCAGCAUCAGCCUUAGCGGCGCCUUGAGCGAGGCCGCUGGAAACGAAGAACAUGUUGAGCAUUCGUCGGGACCCGAACAUGAAGAUGAUCGCAACGGUGGUGGACACGCCGAUGAUGUAGCCAUGAAGCAUGGUGCUAUUCCCAGCGAGACGGUCACGGAUGACGACACGUGCCGGGGUAUCGGGCAUGGGGACUUGUACCAUAUAUUCAGCAAUAUGUGCUUCGAGGCUGAGGAAAUGAAUGCUACAGGAAACGACGCCGCAGAUGGCACCGGGCGCAGGGAGGAAAUGGCCCCGCAGGUGUUGGACUCCGAACCGGAUUUGAAGGUUGUGAACGAGGGAUGGUUUCUCAAGCGGAUCGACGGGGCCAAGGACCUUGUUCUCCUCGUCGUAUUCGGCGUUGCCACAAGAAUGUUUUGGCAAAGAGGCUCCGGGUGA